UGGACGGGCGGCAGUGCUAUGACUACCGGAACGUCCGCAUCUCCUUCGGCGCCGACUACGGCUGCUGCAUCGUGGAGCUGGGGAAGACCAGGGUUCUUGCACAAGUCUCAUGUGAACUUGUUCCCCCCAAGCCAAAUCGGCCUACAGAAGGUAUACUCUUCUUUAAUCUUGAGCUCUCACCGAUGGCUGCACCUGGUUUUGAGCCUGGCAGGCAAUCUGAGUUACUGGUGAAACUGAACAGACUAAUAGAACGAUGCCUGAGAAAUUCCAAAUGUAUAGAUACUGAAUCUCUCUGUGUUGUUGCCGGUGAAAAGGUUUGGCAAAUUCGUCUGGACCUGCACCUGUUAAACCAUGACGGUAACAUUAUCGAUGCUGCUAGCGUAGCAGGAAUUGUAGCUCUGUGUCAUUUCCGCAGACCAGAUGUGUCUGUGCAAGGAGAGGAAGUAACUGUGUACACUCCUGAGGAACGUGAUCCUGUCCCCUUGAGUAUCCACCACAUGCCGAUUUGUGUCAGUUUUGCCUUCUUCCAGCAAGGGACCUAUUUAUUGGUGGAUCCAAGUGAACGCGAGGAACGUGUAAUGGAUGGCCUCCUCGUAAUUGCCAUGAAUAAACAUCGUGAAAUUUGUACCAUCCAGUCCAGUGGAGGGAUUAUGCUUGUACAGGAUCAGGUUCUGAGAUGCAGUAAAAUAACAGCUGUUAAGGUUGCAGAAAUAACGGAACUAAUUCAAAAGGCCUUGGAGAACGACCAGAAAGUUAGGAAAGAAGGUGGGAAGUUCGGCUUUGCAGAAUCUAUACCCAACCAAAAGAUCACUGCCUUCAAAAUGGAAAGCGCCGCUGUUGAUACUAACAAUGUGGAAGAACAAGCAGAAGAAAUCAUCACUAAAGCUGACCCUCCUUCAGAAGUUUUUGCCAAACCGAUAUUGCACACUCCCGGGACAGCCCAAAUUGGGGAAGGAAUAGAGAACUCCUGGGGAGACCUUGAAGAAUCCGAGAGGGAAGAAGCAGCGGAAGAGGAAGGUGAAAGUGAGGCUGCUGCUUUUGAAUGUCGGGAAAUGGAAACUGAGGAUACAAGUACGAUGAGGGAAACUAAGAAGGAUGAACCUAUUGUGCUGUCCGACAGUGAAGAGGAAGAAGUUGUCAUUCUGGAACCACAGGAACUACCAAAGAAAACAAGAACACAGACCAACUCGAAACAAGAAAAUACAAGUAAGAAAGCAUUUAACAAAAGGAGAAAAAAGAAGAGAGCUGCUCGUUAAAGCCAUCAUCCCUCCUUCAGAAAUGCUGUAUAAUACAUAAUUUGGUCUAUCAUUACUGAACUUAUUUUUGUAGAUAAUUUUGUUUCCUCUCACCCCGUAUCUGGUCCUGCUUUUAUGUAUAUUUUAUAAAACUAUUGUACGCAGCUUUAAAUAAAAAAAAAUUUGCAUGUAAGUGAAA